CAAUUAUCCAAAUUCCCAUUUCCCUCCUCUUCUCCAAAGUGAAACCCUAGGCACGGCACACAGACAGAGGAAGAGAAAAUGCAAGCUUUUGCUGUUUCACGGUGCUUCAACGUUUCCCCUGUCUCGAGGGCAGCCUUGUCCGUGUCAAGGAGCCUAUGCUCGGUGAUUGUUUGGUGGAGUUUCGGGGUUUAUUUACUGUUGCUGUUCCGGUUGAGUUGUGAGAAGAAGACCAAUAGAGAUUCUUGCGAGGAGAGUAGAUGGAAUGGAGCAAGUAUUUAGCAAGGGAGGUUGAGGAAGACCACGAAAAACCUAGUGAGAGAUGCUCAUCUUUGAUAUUAGUUAAAAGGGUCUUGUUUCUCUUACCCUUCAAGGCUGUUCUGCCAGGCAAAGUUUGGUUUUUUUGGGGGGCGGGUACAAUAGCAGCUGAAUCUGGGAAUGAAGGGUCACUCAGCUUAAGAUUGGUGCCUCCAAGUUUGUUAGCAGCAGAAAAAGAAGAAGCCAGGGCUGUACUGACCUUGUUCUUGAAGAAACGGGGUUUGAGCAAUGCAGUUGCUGCAAGGACUGUCAACAAAUCAGAACUAUUCAUUGAUCACCUUGUUACAAGGCUUCAUUCUGUCCAUAAAGCUCGGUACCUAGUAGGACGGGAGCUUACAACUCUCGAGAUCAGGGAUGCUCUUAGUCCAUAUCUUGAAACCCUUUAUGAGGAGUAUGGAGACAUUCUUGUAGAUGUAGUGGAAAACUUUCCAAAUCCAGCUAUUAAAGAAAGUGUGUUAGAAAAAUUACCAAACCCACCAGUUGAAGAAAAAUCAGCCGCCCCAGUUUCACCCCCAAUUACCGCCCUUAACUCCAGGAAGUUGAAAGCUUUGGCUCGAGUAACCCAGGUCAGCUCUUUCAGGGAGCUCCCUCCGAGCAUUAUCUACCUCACAGAACUUGGCAUGGAACUCGAGGUGAUCAAAGAAGUGACGCGCAAGUUCCCUGCCUUUGCCUACUACAGCUUGGAGGGGAAAGUUAAGCCUAUUGUGGAAUUCCUUCUCGAUCUUGGGGUGUCCAAGACUGAUAUUCCCACCAUCCUCACCAAGAGGCCUCAACUCUGUGGAAUCAGCCUCUCUGAAAACUUAAUACCGACCAUGAGGUUUUUGGAGAACUUAGGCAUGGACAAGAAGCAAUGGGCAAAGGUGAUUUUCCGGUUCCCAGCACUUCUCACUUAUAGCAGGACAAAACUGAAAACAACAGUGGAUUUCCUUUAUGAGAUGGGGCUUUCAGCCGAGAGCGUGGGCAAGGUUCUAACUCGCUGCCCAAAUAUUAUAAGCUACAGCGUGGAGGAUAAGCUGCGGCCAACAGCUGAAUAUUUCCAUUCUAUCGGAGUGGAUGUGGCGCUGCUUCUCUACCGAUCUCCACAAACGUUUGGUCUUAGCAUCGAGGCCAAUCUGAAGCCCGUGACAGAAUUUUUCCUAGAAAGGGGAUACAGCAUGGGGGAUCUCGCGACCAUGAUAUCAAGAUACAGGGCCUUGUAUACUUUCAGCUUGUCAGAUAGCUUGGUACCCAAGUGGGAGUUCUUCUUGACAAUGGGUUACCCAAAAUCCGAACUGGUAAAAUUUCCUCAGUAUUUCGGAUACAGUUUGGAGGAGCGGAUUAAACCCAGGUACACGAUCAUGAUGUCGAGCGGGGUGAGGUUGCUGCUAAACCAGGUGCUCUCUCUUUCAGAUGGCGAGUUCCAUAAGGCUCUAAAACGCAAAAUAAAGAAAAAUGCUGGAUGACAGAUCCCGAUAUGCGUGGAUCUGGUUUUGGUCGCGCAACAAUGGUAGUUCUGCAAGCUGGUUUUGCUCAUGAUAAUGCCUGAUUCACUUAGGCGUUUGAGUGCUCUCUCUCUCUCUCCAUCUCUCUCUGGUCCAGAAGGCAAGCAAGUUAACGAAUAUGUAUAUGUAUAUGCCUUAGUUCGCAUUGCAGUACUAUAUAUAUAUAGAUGUUCCAAUGUCGUGUUCAUAUAAUGGGAGAUGAUUAUUUGGUGUAUAAUUGUAUAUGCACAUGGAAAUGAAGAAAUGUUCUCCGUGCUCCCCUGUUUCUCUGUCCAAAUAUUAUUCCUAUUCAUGUGGUGUUGUCUUCUUAUAGUUCA